CUAACGCCUCACCGGCUAAUCUUAAGAAUAGGCGAUUAGGUUCUAAUCCAUUAGGUGCUUCAUUAGAGAAAAGGAGAUUCGGACAGGAGCAUACUCCUCAAGCUGAUGCUACUUUUCAGGAUGUAAAAGAUUUAGCUCAGGGUACUGACAAAGAAGCACAAGCUGGAAAUUUAUCGGGUGCAAUGGUUAGAGCUCUUUUGGCAAAAGCUCCCGCUUGUGAUCAGCAAGACAGAGCUGACGAAGUUAUAGACCUUGGUGAUCAACUUGGUGAUCCAACAAAACGAGAUCAAGCUGUGAAAAUUGCCCAAACAUAUAGACAGCUUGAACGUAACACUCCUAAUGUUGGUCAACCAUCUGAACUUUGUAACAAAAAGCCAAGACACAAAGAACUCGAUGGAUUAACACAAGCUCAAGAUCCAACUGGAAACAAUGAAAGCAAUCCUCCUCAAAAUCCAACUGGUACAUCACCUGAUAAUACUUCCCAACCUUCUCCAACAUCAGUCGAUCCCAAAUCAAUCAAUAAUGAUGCAUUCACGAAUCCCGUUGGUGGUGUUCAAAUGCCACUGAUAAAAAAUAACGCUGAUGGUACUUUUGAAGUUAACGGAAAUAAGUUUCAGAAUGUUGAUGCUGCGCACGGCCGUCAAUGCGAUAUCCAACAUAACCUUUGUUUCAAUAAAUUCAAUGGUGGCGAUAAAAGUUUCAGUGGUGCAGAUUGUGAUAACCAAAAUAAUGUUUGCAAAAGUGGUGACCCAGUUUUUGCACAAUAG